GGAGCUGGUACGUGCAAAUACGAAGACACUGAGGUCAACCUGCGUGGCGCGGCUGGAGCUCUCCCCGAGCGCGUCAUCGUUGACCGCGACGCGACAGCCCUAUACAUCCUGCCGUCUCGCGAGAGACGCGCGGCUGCCUGGGAGGCUAGCGACAUAGCUGGGAAUCUUGGUGACUGGACACCUUGGAAGCUGCACGGGUGGAUGGAGGUGCGCCUGAAGGAUUGAAGGGAAACGUGCGAAAUGCCGUCCACUGCGGCGGUCGUUGCACCAGAUCUACUGCAAUCCCUCUCGAAUUCACCAGCAGCGAAGGCGGCCGGAGCAACAGCAACAUCGACUAAACUAGACAACGAGCAAUGGAGGGCCCUUAGUCAAAGCCAGGGUGACGAUCAGGGUCACAGCCAAGGGAUAGGAAGUAAUCUGCAUGGCCAUUCGUCUUACUUUGGACUACGCUCGACAGCAUCAGCAGCAUCAACAGCAGAAACGCCAGUAGUAGCAUCUGGGGCGCCGCGUUCAUUUCUCUCCCUUUCCGGCCCUAUCUUGCCCGCGAGCAGGAACGACAUUGUGUCUUCGCCAGCUCACUCUUCAAGUUCUUCCACCUUUCCCCCGACAUCUUCAUCGUCGGCAGCGGGCCUACCGCCUACUUCGCCUUUUGUGUACGGCACUGGUGCCAGCGCCUUUGAGGGAUCUCGUGCGAGUGGGAGUGGCAGCAGCAGCAGCUACGGGCCGCUUUCAUCUGGCGUAGCGAUUGCUGCGGCGGGUGUAAGAGCAGGAGCAGGUGAAGCGUUGGCAGUGGGGCUGGCGUGCGCGGCGCCUGAAGCGACGCUAGACGCAUCCACCUUCUAUUCUCUACCUCCAUCAGCGGUCAGCACCGCCACAGACUCGGCUGCGGUUACGCGCACGAGCGCGGCCAGGUCUUCUGGGCCGUCCUUCGCUUCGCCAUUGCCCAUCACGGCGCGCAUUAACGAAAGUGUGCACUAUAUCAGUGCGCCUGCUAGCAGCAGCAGCGAAGCAUACACCAAUACCCUGACCAUGAGUCAAGCUCAGGGUCUGGGAAGCGCGCUGAGCAGCGUGUUUGAUCAGGGGCAUGGGUCAGAGCACAGUCAAGCGCAAGGGCAACGUCCGCACUUCCCGCCCGCACCUGCUCCAUCCGCGUUUGUACAUGCGUACGGCCUGGAGCACGAUCAACAGUAUCAAUACCAGCGUCGGCAGCAGUGCCAGCAGCAGCAACAGCAGGGACAAGCGGCGUCUGUGCAGAGUACCUUUACAGGCCCAAUGGGCACUGAAAGUGCAAACAGCUUCAACAUGCCGAGCGGCAGUGGCAGCACCAGCGGUGGUAGCGGUGGCGGUACCGCUGGAUCUUCUGGCGCGGGUAGCAGUCGGUCUGGAACAGGCGCUGCAGACACAAGCACAGGUAUGAGUUCUGCGGCGGAUGAAUUCAGCACCUACGCUUCGCCCCCUUCCUCCGCUGGCGACGCAGGGCCUGCGUCCACGCCCGGGCCCGGGCCAAAUGCAGGGCGGAAGGCCAACACGCGCGGUAGCAGGCUGGGCGCGCAGCUGGCUAAGAGCAUCAGCCCGGCUGGGCUGGGAUCGGAUCCGGGUGCGCAAGAAGCGCACUAUCAGCAGCAUUCGCAUCCACCCACAGGAAGUGCUGGUGGUGCUGGUACCGCCAGCGAGAAUGCAUGGAGCGGAAGCGCCAAUGGUAGCGUAGGCUCACAGCCACUAUCGCAAUUUUCGGAGAUUGGGAGAACUUCAUCUGCUACUGCAGUGGCGUCGGCGGAGGCGUUUGGGGGCGCAGGUGCUGAAAUGGGAAAUAUGACAGGUACAGUUCCAUUUCCAUCCGCUGCCAAAUCACUUCCUUAUGCUGGAGGCGCAAUAGCAGCAGAGUCAUUGCAUUUUGUGGAUGCAAGGUCUCCUUUAGCACCAAGCGAGGGCGCAGGCGGUAGAGACGAUGGUACGUUCUUCAUCACUGCUGGUGGGGGUAAUCCAGCAGGCCCUUCCAAGUAUGGCUCGCCAGCACAGGCUGGAAGCACAACUACCAACAACCCGAUUUCUGGCUCUGCUGCCCUCGGGCAGAGUCGCAGCCCUUCUUCCUCGUCAGGAGGCAGUCGCGUGGCCAGCUUGGCGUCCCGAUGGGGUGGGACAACGCUGGCUAGCUCAGGUGGCAGCAUUGCAGGCACAGGCACUGUAUCAUCAACAUCAACCGCAGCCGGCGCUUCGGGUCCCGCAUCAGCCGCAGGGACCUACGCACCGGACGAAGCCAGUGCGCCCGGCAACGGAAGCGGAAGGAGCAUAAGCUCGGCCUUCGGUUUUAGGACGCCCAAGAGGCAAACCACCUUGGACAGUCUCAGCAGCAGCUCUGGCGGGUAUCGAGCGUCCAAAGUGCGAGCAGCUUUCGAGCCCGGCAGUAGCGAAGCCGAAUCCGAGCCGAGAACAUUGCCAGGGUCAAGGCCGAGAACACGGGUGGGAGGAGAGGGAGCAGCGGAAACAGCAGCAACCCCAACGCCCAUGGCAUCCAGCAGCGAUUUUGACAGUGGGAAUGUCGCUUUCGCCAACUCUGACACAGAGGGCGAUAGAGUCGUCCAUGCCAAGAAUGGCAGCCUCAGUCCAACCGUCGAGACGCGCCGGCGAGACUCGCGCCUCGGCAAGGCGUCCUCCCAUUCCGAUUUGCUCUUUUUUGCCGCAUCACAGGCGCAAUCACAGCCGAAUUCGCACACACUCUCGCCAACUAACGUCACCAGUCCAAGGCGCAGCCCUAGCUCAGGUAUACCUGUAAGCCCAAACGCAGACAGAUUGCCUCUCGAUUCGGCUUCCAGCUUGCAGCAGCGCUUCGCUGCUGCGCGCGCAGCUGGUCGAUUGAGCCGCCUGCAGUACAAUCGACCGGAUAGCGAACAAACGUCCGAUUGGGAGGCGAUGCGCGGCGCCACAUCGCCUCCACUUGGGACGACCAGUGCUGUGGCUGCGGCGGCCGCUGAUCGUGGUAACAGUAGUAUUGUGGACAACGUGAAGGAAGAUGAUAACAUCAGUAGCGCAAGGAGGCCGUUGGAUGGGUCUACGCCUUCAUCAAUGUCGCCUUCGUCUACCAGGCAGCAGAGGGAACUUCUGCUUCCAGUUUUACAAGGAGCACGCAAUGGGCAAGCAUUUUUGAAGGAUGACCCCAACCCUUACUUCUCGGCCAUUUCAGUCGCCGCAAGUCGGAAUGGUGGCAUCGGUGAUGGGGUUGGCGGUGGUGAGCAGCAGGCUCCGACGCGACUAAAACGAAAUGACGAAGAACUCGAUAGCGGUGCUGGGGGGCCCGAGCCGGCUGGCUUCCUGUCGCCGCAGUCGCAUUCGCAUGACGUUACCAGUGUUGCCAGCACGCGAUCGACCAUGCCGUCCGCAUCUUUACCUCUCAGCCCGCCGUCAUCAGCAACGGCCACCGAGCCGUCCUCCCGAUCGCACGAUGCGAGCUUAGGGUCCAGCUUGCGCACCGGGCUGCUCAGCGAUCGCGACAUAGCGAUCCUUGGCGCGAUACCUGGCUCGCCACCUGAAUCGCUCCUAAAUGCGGAUGGUACGCCGCUGAACAGCAAAAAUAUCCUCACGAUUGCCCUGCAAAAGGCACAGAACGCCGUGAUGCUUGACGGGGCAAACAACGUGCCUGAAGCUAUUGCCGCCUACAAACAGGCUGUCAGGCUGCUGCAGGAGGUCAUGGAGCGCAUCUCACCUAGGCCUGGGAAGAAGACGAGGUCGAGCCGUGAAGAGGAACGGAGACGACUUCGCGUGAUCCACGAUACUUAUGCGGAUCGCAUUCGACUGUUAUCGAUGAUUUACGUCUCUGAAGAUGGCGUUGAGCUCUCUGCCUCGAGUUCGCCACUUGCGUCUCUUGCAGGUGAUUGGCUGCCAAGCCCCGCUGUGGAGCGAGUCGGCGUCAUGCCGACUGAGAAGUCAGGAGAGGUUGUGACAGGCCCAGGUCCGAAGGUCGUUGAUUCCAACGAGCAGCCAUCCCGUUUGCAUGCUUCAACCCCUAGUUCGGGCUCUCACCACGAGGCGCUUGCAAAGCACCAUGCUGCGUAUUCAGAGCCACGCUUAAGCAAGGACUCGUCCAAAGGACGUCGGUCUGUGCGCGCCGCAUCCUUUGAGACGGCCCGCUACGAUGGGGCUCAGACUCUUGACGCUGCGCCCGCGAUCGCCAUCGCGCCUGGUUCGCCGAUGGAUGCAGACCCGUCUGGGACUUAUGGCGGACACCAGGGAGAGCGCAAAGAUGGAGCAGCGGCAAAGGACACCCCUGUGCGCAGCCGUGCUAGCUCUGAUGCCAGUGCUUGUUCCAGAUACUCGAGCGCCAAGCUCUCGCCGCAGAAUGCUCUCAAGAACUUGCAGGGUCCUACCUCAGAAGCGCCUUUCCUCAGUGCCCGCUCACAGGCAUUUGGCCUGGACGAGGAGGUCAAAACCCCAGCCACACCAUAUUUUGAUGUGGAUCCUAACCUGCGGCUUCCGCAGCAAGCCAAGAGACUUGGAGGAUGUUUCUAGUCGUGGUGCUGAUCAUUCGCCUGAUCGAACACCGAGCAACACGAUCAUCGGUCGUCAGCGUGCAACAUCGCAGCCCAGCAAUCGCAGGCCGUCCCUGCCGUCUGUUUUCUUUCCCA